AUGGCUUCUCCGAGACUAGUUUUUAUUUUUAUUAUACUUGCUUAUGUUUUUGGAAUCUCUGUUUCUUCUGACUUCACCAAUUGUAAGAAGUUAGUAUUGCCUUUAGGUGUCACCGGCCCCGAAUCAGCUACAUUUAUAGGACACCUUGUCAACGGACUCUUUACACCCGUAACCGAUGGUAGAAUUAUGAGAUGGAAAGGCCAUACCGUCGGUUUUGUGGAUUUUGCAUAUACAUCACCAAAAAGAACAAAGAAACUAUGUGAUAAUACUACAAAUCUUGAUCUGGGACCAAUAUGCGGACGACCAAUUGCUCUUAGCUUUAACCCUUAUACUGGCCUUUUAUACAUAGCUGAUGCAUAUCGUGGACUUCUAGUGGUGGGCCUCAGUGGCGGGCUUGCAAAUCAAUUAGUUGGAGGUUUGAAGUUUGCUGGUGGUCUUGAUGUUGACUUGUUAACAGGGGAUGUUUAUUUUAGUGAUGCUAGUUUGACUUUUAAUCUCAUAAAUACUACACAAAUAGGAUUCAAGCCUGAUUCAACAGGAAGAUUAUUGCGUUACAACCCACGUACGGGACAUGUGUCUGUUUUGUUGAGCGGUGUCUCAGGUGGUGGUGGACCUGCCGUCAGUAGUGAUGGUACAUUUGUUCUUGUACCUGAGUUUCUUGGCAAGCGGAUUUUAAAAUAUUGGCUUGUGGGGCCUAAAGCAAAUACCGCAGAAGUUUUGCUAAAUGUUGUUGGUAAUCCAAAUCAAAUAAAACGUGCUGGGAAAUUAGGUGAGUUUUGGGUGGCGGUUUCAGUAGGAUAUGUUCCACUGAUGCCUCUCAUUAAACCUCAAGGCGUACGGUUCAACUCAAAUGGGGUUGUGCUACAAACAAUAUCGUUUGCUAGAGAGUUUUUCAAUAGAUCGAUUAGUUUGGUUCAAGAACAAGAUGGAAAGUUGUAUGUGGGGUCUCGUUCUACUAAUUUCAUUGGUGUCUAUUGUAAGACAUCUGUGUGA